CGAUGACGACAUGCACAUGUGUAAUGUAAGCGCAACGCUUCAAAAGUUGCAAUGGCUAGUUCUUCGCGUAUUGAUAUGCAGCAUGGCUUCAUGAAAUCCAUAAUCAAGAAUCAAGUGGAUAGGGACAACUACGACAAAGAGGUGAAAGCUAAAAUGGAAAGCAAUCCUCCAAGGUUUAGAGGGUCAUCACACAAAGAUCGUCCCAGAAAACCAGAAAAGCAGGUUUAUGUACCACCCCGUUUAAAAAAGGAUAGCAAACAGCACAUGUUUGUGCUGGAAUUUGAAGAUCUGAAUGGACAGAUUCACACAGUUGAUAUCUUCAAAGAGGACAGUGCAGAAUCUGUUGCUAAACAGCUGGGAAAUGAAUGCGGACUUAAACCACCGUACAUCACAGCAUUAAUGCAGAGAAUACAAGAAGAAAUAGACAAGCGUUCAUGACAUUCUUUUGUUUUAUAAAACUGUUGAACAGUGUUGUGAGAUAUGACAGCUCAAGUAACUUAUGUUAAAGCAGCUAUCAGGCUUGUUAAGCUUGCGUUGUUUUCUUUGGUUUUGUGGAAUAUUAGUUGCCAUAUUUGUGUUUCUCAGAUUUGUUUUCUUCUAGUUUCUUUAUUGUUUAGUCCAGUGUAACUGUUUCAUCUUAGGUGAAGAUGACUACCAGCUGGUCAGAAUUUUGUAACAUUGCUAGGACAAGUUUGCUUUCCAGUUCAAAACUUCUGGCAAAACCAUUGAUGAUCAUGAAGCAACAAUGCACUCUUGUGGACUAGAUUGGCUUCAGGAGCAAUCAUUGCUGUUUUAAAAGUAUUAUUUUGUAAUAUUGACCAGCAUGUUCUGUUUUAAAUUCUUAGUUUUUGGCUGGACUAAAGUUUAUGUAUUAGAUUUUUGCAGUUCUGCUUGGUUGUUGGCAGUAGACUGCAUUUAUUAAAUAUCCCAGAAGAGUUCUUUUUUGGAAAAUCAUAAGACCUUUACAUGGAAGAAAUCCAAAAGUCACCUGUGUAAUAUAUGUUGCGGAUAUGCUGAUUUAUCAAACAUGCACAAGUAGACAUAAAGAAAGGGUACAGUGUAAACACAGAAGGCGAAUCUUUGCAAGGUUAUUUGAAUGAUUCACGUUUGUCGAUUUCUUGUCUGAGCAUAAAGGAACAAGUGUUGAUUUACAUAUUCUAAAGUGAAGAGUUGUGUUCUGCAUUUUACUGUGUUAAUUAUAUGGGGGAAAAAAAUGUGCCAAAACUUUAGAACUACAGAAUGUUCAGUAUAUAAUCUUAUUUAAAUGUAAAUAGAUUUGUAGUGUGUUGCUUUGCUGUCUAUUCAUCUUGCCAAAAUUAUUUCUUGCCAUGUGUUGUCUUAGAUUUCUCCAUUGUGUUGUUUACCAAGUAAAGCCGGCAGCCUUACAUUACCUGAAAUUUAUCACCACCUGUGGUGUGCUCAUUUUUAUCACUAGUUUGACAAUUAUGUGGAGAGCAUUCCACAACACAGAUGUGUGUGUAUUGGUGGGAGGGUGCUUGCAUGUGCAUUUCACAUAGAUGGGCAUUGGAAGGGGGCUGGAGGUAUGGGUGUUUUAUGAGGGCUGUAUUAUGGCAAAGUAGCCAGCCCUAUAAACCAGGAAUAUUGAUAGGCUGAGAUUAGGGUUAAGUUUGCUUAACAAGGUUACUUACUCUGUGUGUACAUGCUUGUUUGUAAUUUCAAGUUCAUAACCAGAUUAUUUGUGAGGGUAAGAGUAUUGCUAUUGACUCACGCAGCAGACAUUCAUGUCUUUCAAGACUUCCAGCUGACCUUUUGAAGGGUUUUGUAGAUGCAAAGGUCACAAGUCAACUUUGUAAUGAUGGUCAAGGCUGUAAAACUCGCCUCAGAUUAAGCAUAAGAGUGAUCAUCAGUAAUUAAAAGAUCUUUAUUUGCUUCAUGAAAGUUGAUAGUUGACAGUUAUUGAUUUUUGUUCCACGUUAGCAUGCAAGAAUGAGUUUAUGCAAUACUUGGGAAUAUGGAUAUACUGUGUGGAGGUGUUUAUUGUGAAUUUGAUGCAUAUGGCACACCCUGUAAAUAUUGCGUUUCCUUCUGCUAAAAAGUUUUACACUGCAGUAGGGAAUGUUUGUGGGUGACAUGACAUGACAUCUUUAAUGCCAAUGACUCCUGGUCAUUAUGACAUUGGGAAGAUACAAGCAUAUUUACAAUACAAAACACCAUGCUCGACAAUACAUUUUCAUAUAAAUUUGAACCCAAGUAUAUGGUCAUCAGGCAUAUUCUUUUUCCAAAGGGACAUGACUAAUGCUAUAUACAGGUAUUUCAUGAUACUUCCAUCUAUACCAGUGGUUCUUAACCUUGUUUGAGGUACUGAACCCACAAGUUUCAUAUGCACAUUCACCGAACCCUUCUUUAGUGUUAUCACGAAUUGCGGGUGUGUCUUGACUUCCGUGGCGGAGGCUCCGCCGAACCCCGGUUAAGAACCACUGAUCUAUACAGUAACAUACAUCUAUAAAUAGCUGAAACAUCACCUAUUGAAUAACAUGGUAUGCACAGCUGCCUCUAAAUAUACACAAGAAAGCCACUUAUUCCAAAGGAGGGUUCCUGCAACCUUCAUAUCCAAUAAAUCAAUACCCCAAAUUUUAAUUCACAAACAUAUACAUGUCUACCUAUGCCCUUCUGAUCUUAUAUAAAUUUAGUCAUGUCCUUAAGUUCUAAGGUACAUGAGUAUGUUGAUGUCAGAAAAUAUAUUUAUGGACUUGAAAAUGAGCAAGUAAUGUUAGGGAAAAGUAAAUUUACUAUGUUACAUAACCCAGAAAGCAAUAUUGUGUUUUGUCCCUGAGUUGUUAUAAACUGAAUAAAAUACACAUAAAUAAAUA